AUGUUCAAAUUGAUCGCUGUCUUCUCUGCCCUCUUCGCUGUCGCCUCAGCCGGUUACCUUGGUGGUUAUGGUCAUGGUGUGGCUCUCUCCGCCCCAGCUUAUGCUACCUCAUAUCAUGCAGUAGCUGCCCCUGUUGUACAUGCAGCCCCUAUUUAUAAAUCCUAUGCUGCCCCAGUAGCUGUAGCUGCUCCCGUAGUUAAGGCUUAUGCUCCAGUGGCCACCUCAUACGCCAAUACUUACAAGGUAUCAGCCAAGGCCAUACCCGUUGUACAUGCUGCCCCUGCUGUGGUUGCUGCUCCCGUCUACAAAUCAUAUGCCGCACCAGCUGUUGUUGCUGCUCCCGCUUACGGUUAUGGUUAUCACCAUGGUCUUGCCAGUUAUGGUCACUCUGUCUACCAUUAAGAG